AUGGCCCUGAGAGGACCCCACCCUUUGCUCUUCCUGACCCUCAUCCUGCUGGCCGCCGGCCUGGCCCAGAUCAGUGAAGGUGCCAGCUACCGUCAGUUCGUGACCCAACACUUCGACAACCCCAAGACCAAUGCUGCCAAUGACCGGCUCUACUGCAACCUCCUGAUGCAGCGCCGUGGCCUGACCCGCAUUUUCUGCAAACGCCGCAACACCUUCAUCCAUGCCCCCGCUGGCCAGCUCCAGGCCAUCUGUGCCCGUGGAGGGACACACGUGAGCCUCAACCUCUAUGACAGCCUGGAGUCCUUCAAUGUCACCACGUGCCGGGUGCUGCCCCGCUCUCUCCCGGGGAACUGUAGAUACAGGGCUGCAAUCGGCAACACCAAGAUCCGCGUGGCCUGUGUCAAGGGGCUGCCUGUGCAUUUAGAGCCAACGUACCUGCCAUGA